GUGACCCGCGUCACUUCGUGUUACGUCGUGUUUUUUCGUUUAUUUCCGCCGCGUCUCCUUCCUGUCCUGCUGAACGUCCCGCAUUAAGAAAGGUGGCAGCCAUUACCUUUUCUUUACAUUUUUUUGGUCGUGUAAACGCAUUUCUUUUAGUAAGUUGCACACAUUUGCGCCUUGUGGUGUGCCGUUUGUGAUUAUUGUACACCGUAGUGCAGUGCACAGGGCAUAAGGCGGAGUCGGCCGCCGAUUCGUGUCUCUCGGCUGUGUUCGGCUCAAGUCGGGCGCCGCUCUGCUCAAUGUAAUGGACGCGAGCGAGGCGGCGGUGAAACGGCUCGGGUUCGCCGGAGCGGAGGAGGAAAAGACCGGGGGACUGGAGGAAGAGGAGGAGGGGGAGGAAGAAGAGGAGGAGGAGGGGGAGGAGGAGGGAGAGCAUUCGGAAAGCGAGCCGGACGAUGCCGAAGUUAGCACGAUGCCCGGCAUGACGGAAGCGGCCGACAUCUCCAUAGCCGAGUCCCUGCCGAACACAGACGACGGCGAAGCGCCGUUUGCGGAGGUUACAACUGUUACAGUGAGUGAUGUCCAGAAUGCAGAUGACAGCGUGUUCUCAGCAUCUGUGGCCUCGGCAGCUUCCAUCCCUGAACAUGUGCUUACAGGCAGAACCACUCUGCAGAUUGGGGACAGUCUUAGCACACAGAAGGCCACCCUGAUUGUUGUACACACGGAUGGGAGUAUAGUGGAUGCCACAGGCCUGAAAGCUACAGCAGGUCCUAUGACACCAGGGCCCCAGACUCCCUCCACACCGAUGACUCCGAGUCAUGAGAAAGAUGUAAACAAGUAUAACUGGGAUCCGUCUGUGUAUGACAACGAACUGCCCGUGCGGUGCAGGAACACCAGUGGUGUCCUCUACAAGAACAGACUAGGAUCAGGUGGCAAAGGACGCUGCAUCAAAUACAACAAUACCUGGUACACUCCAACUGAGUUUGAAGGGCUGGCUGGAAGAGCUAGCAGUAAAGACUGGAAGAGGAGUAUUCGUUAUGCUGGGAGACCUCUCCAGUGUCUUAUACAGGAGCGCAUACUCAACCCCCAUGCUGCCUCUUGUACAUGUGUGGCCUGCUGUGAUGAUAUGGCUGUGAACAAGGACGGAUCCUUUGGAGGCGAAAGCAUAUCUAUGACUGGACCUGUGCGGCUUUUUGUCCCAUACAAGAGGCGUAAAAAAGAGAGUGAUCGUCCAGCAUCUCCAGAAAAGAAGGAGGCACCGUCACCCAAGAACAUUACUUUAGCACCCGGAGCUUCAUUCACAGUGAGCCCAUCAGGCCAGCUCACCACUACUGGCACACUGACCUUUGAUCGAACGGCAACUGGAGAUGCGACGGCCAUCAUUUCCGACAGCCCUGCCGCUUCAGAUGUCUUCAGCAGCACAGCGGUGCUGACCACGCUACCGGAGCUGACGGUCGUCCCUCAGCAGCCCAUUUUACAAGCUAAAGCUCCUGCUGCAGCUGGAGUCGCCAACGGCUUGGAGAUGAGCGAGCAGCGCACCUGGCUGUACCUAGAGGAGACGGCCAACACACUACUCAACACUGUCCAGCAUCUCAAAGCAUUCAUUGCCCAGGCCAAACAGGCCAGCCAAUCCAGCAGCAGCCUAGAGAAAAGCAACUGCAGCAGGAAGGAUGCUUUUCCCAGCCAACUGACACUUACCGAUGACACAGAGGGGAAGAUUACAGAAAUUAUUAUCAAGCAUACUUGUGUGAACUGUGGACGUGAAGCAUCCAGCGAAUGUGCAGGCUGCCACAAAGUCUAUUACUGUUCAAACUUCUGCCAAAAAAAGGACUGGAAGGAUCAUCAGCACAGUUGCACGCAGCCCGGCGUAACUGUGGGAAUUCAUGACGAGGCUCACAUAGCUAGCAUGGAGGUUGAGAAAGUCAAGGCAUAGCCCCAGUACGGAUGCAUGCAGUGGAUAUAGAAUAAUCACACCCUCAACCACCGUGAUGUACAAAUACACUAUAAGGCCAAAGUUAUGUGGUCAUCUGACCAUCACACCAGAGUUGUGGACGUACACAAUUGUGAUAGAUGUAUACAUUUUCCCUUCAGUGGAACCAAGAGGCCUAAACCUGCUCCAGCAUAAAAAUGCCCCUGUGCACAAAGCAAGAUCCACGACUACAUGGUGUGUUAAGCCUGGUGUACAAGACUGCAACACUGACGGCAUGUUGCCCAAAUAUAACAGUGAAUGGGGAAUAAAUCUGGAACAGUUUGUUCAACAAGCACACACUGGGGUUUGUCGAUGAGGUGUUCACAAACGUUCUUUGCUGUUGUUUAUCAGCACUAAUUAUAUGAAUCUGAAUCUGUUGAAUACGACAGGACUUAUUUUUAAAAGACCUUCUAUGCUACAUUCCUGGACGAUCAUACUGAAAUGCCAGAGACUGAAAGGAAACAUCUAUGCAAGACAAGGAAACAAAAAAAAUUAAUGUGAUUGAAAAUAUUGAUGUGGUUAACGAAGACAAGUCAGGAAAUGGAAGCAUUAUGUCAUUUGUGAAGCAGGAGUAGAGAAGAAAAGCUCAAGGGAUACAAUACAUGACUGUUUGUUCCUUGCUCAUUUAAUAGUAUUUAAAUUAGAUGGAUAACAUGUCAAAGUGUAAUUUGAUGUGUGAUAACUACAUCAUUCAUUAGUACUGACAGUAUUAGGUGAAUUGGUCUGGAGUUGAAGUCACUCAAACUGAAAUGUUCUGCAAGUGUAAUUAAAAUGUUCAUACUGACUGACACACACAUGCAUGCAGUGUUACAUUUACUCCAAACACAUGAAUGAUUAUUGAGCCUCUACACAACAAACUGCCUUAUGAAACAAAAGAGACGUAUACAGUAACAUUUACUGUGUGUGUAUGUUUGUUCUAUUUUGCUGUGUCUUAUGCAUCAUGAUUUAUCUGGCCAGCCAAAAAUAACUGCACUGAUUAUUUUAUCAUUAUUUGGCUGCUUGUGACUCCUCGCACUUCCAUAAUUGGAGAACUGAAUGUAAAUUAUAUAAACAAAUACAAAACUCUAUUUAGAGUUGCUCUGAUUACUCCACUACAUACAUUAUUAAUGUAUGAUAAUAACUAGAUGAAGUGGAUGUUGGUUUUUCACCAUGUGGAAAAAGUUCUGCAGUUUCAUUUUCACUGAACUUUUACAUGUACCAUGUUCCGUAACCAGCACUAGGAGUUCUGUUAUUCACAACCUCAGCUUUUCUGAGUCAGAUUCUAUGGGUUAAAUGAGCUUUUCAUUCCUGAUUGAUUUCAAUAGGACACAACACACUGUUCUACAGAUCUCAAAUACCAAAAUUCCAACCCUAUUAUACCUCAUGACAUGUACAAAUGACCUAUCCUUCAGCAUACAAACAUAAGCAAGAAAUUGACCCAGAAUGAUUACUUAUUACUUCAUUUAAGGUUUUUUUUUAAUCAGUGUGUAAUAUGCGUUUUUGGAAACAAAAGUUUAUAAAUUUAUGGAUUUGAAUUUGGAGGCUGGGAAACAAGCCUAGUUUUCAAACAGACUAUCUUUUCAAUUGAGGCUGAAGUCCAGACAGGGUUUGCUUAUUAAGGCUUGCUUAUAAAAUGUCACACUAAGCUCACACAUGGAUGUGUUAGCAAGCAUUAAAGCAUUUUACAAGUUGAUUGAUAAAUUUUACAAUUUUGUCUGAUUAAACUUUAGUGCCCAGCA